AUGGCGAGUAACAUACCAGCUGGAUUGCGAUCUGCAGAUAUUGGGCGAUUUGCCAUCAGGGCAGCCCAGAUCGAGAAGGCCAAGCCUGUGGUUGCCUACUGGUGUAACUUCCACAUUGUAAAUCAGAUUAUUGAAAGGGGUCUUCACAACUCCGAUGAUGAGAUCAAACUCUACACAACAGACCUUGUGGACAAGCUGGAACAGUUCAAAUUAGAAAACCCAGAUAAUGAUACAGUGACGGACACCGUUGCGGCGAGCGCCUAUGUCGAGCAAUUCGGAUUGGAGGUCUUUGGCCGUGCUGAGGCUGCUAUGAACGCCAACAAAGUCACAAAGCAAACGGCAGAUACUUUCCUGGCGGCGGCCACAUUCCUCGAACUUUGUUCAAUCUGGGGACCCCUGGACCCAGAACUUGCUGGACGGAUUAAGUUCGCCAAAUUCCACGCGGUCCGAAUUGUCAAGGCUUUCAAAGCCGGCGAAGAUCCCAAUGAGACAAAUCCCGUACCAAAGCAAGAUGAAGACCUCGCCGAGGACCCCGACGUCCAGGCAUUUGAUGAGUCAGUAGCGGAGCAGGCCUCCAAGCCAAGACAACCCUCCAUCGAAGAGAUCCCAGACGAGCCUGACCGUGCUGGACGAGAAAUGGCACGGCAAUCAACCCUCGAUGAAUCACUUCAUCCAUCACGUACAUCGUCAACUCCUCGCCCCCCACCUGAGAUCCCUUCUGUUCCUCGCAACGCACCUGGCUCUGCUCCGCAACCGAUGGAUGGCGAUGAUUCCAACACAGGCGACUUGAAGCUCCCAUCAACUCCAGCUACCAUUGGCGGUUCGUCCUCAGCACCCGAACUUCCAGAUACUCCCACUGCGUUUCAUUCCUUCCCCCGCCAUCCGAGGACCCACCCGGCUUCUUUCUACGAUACCCCAGCUGCUGCUCCCAUCGAGCCCCCAAGUGCUCCCACAUUUGUUCCGUCUCCUCUUGCCCACGCUCCCGUCCAACCGGCUCCCUAUGUCCCGUCCCAACCAUCACAUAGUAUCGAUGAUAACUCGGUGCAGUUGGCGCAGAAACAUGCUCGUUGGGCGGUCUCUGCUUUGACUUUUGAUGAUGUUGAUACUGCCAUUAAGGAGCUUCGAAACUCGCUGAAGUAUCUAGGCGCAUCGUGA